UAUAUGUCCCUUUUUAUAGAGGAAAUAUCUGGUACACUGACCAAGAAUGCCUGAACGUCCAUGGUAAAUGCCGGCAUGUCAGCAGAUUUGUCUAUUUUAAAAAUGGAUGAAACAAAUCCUAUAAAAGUUGAUGGAGCUGGUAACCAGAUUGAUGAUUAUCACAGUCAGCCAAAUAUGAGAACACAUGAAGAUGAGAAUCAGAUGGAAGUUGGUGAAAGUCAGACUGGUAUAGGAACAUAUCCAGGAGGCAACCAGAUUCGUGAAUGUCACAGUCAGACAGACACAGGAUCACAUACAUAUGGUAGUCAGAUUUAUAAUUGUCACAGUCAGACAAACACAGGAACACAUCAAUAUUGUAGUAGGAUGGAUAAUCGUCAAAGUCAGACAGACACGAGAACACAUACAGGUGCUAAAUCUUGCAUAGAUAAAGUUGCUGAAACAUUAGUGAUUAAUACAUUUGGAAAUUUAUUACCACAGAUUGGAAUCUCUCAAGCAAGUAUAGACAAACCAUGUAAAUGUGAUGCAUGUGGUAAAGGGUUUGGUAAAAACGAAUUCUUACAGAAACACAACAUAAUUCAUACCAGUAUUAGAAGUUUGAAAUGUGGUGUAUGCGGAAAAGGAUUUUAUGAAAACAGUGACCUAGAGAACCACAUUGUACAACAUAUUGAUGAAAAACCAUUUAAGUGUAAAAUAUGUGGGAAAGUGUUUGCCUAUUUUAGCCUUCUACAGAAACACAUCAAAACGCAUAACGAUAAAAAGAGUUUUAAAUGUGAUCAAUGUGGACGAGGGUUUGUCGAGAGUAGUGACCUAAAAAAACACAUUAGAAUACAUACGGGUGAGAAACCAUAUAAAUGUGGUAUUUGCAGUAGAGAUUUUAGCCGAAGUUGUAUUUUGCAGAAACACAUGAGAAUACAUUCUGGAGAAAAACCAUAUAAAUGUGCUAAUUGCAAUAAAGAUUUUAGUGAUAGUGGUAGUUUGCAUGUUCAUAUGAGAACACAUACUGGUGAGAAACCUUACAUAUGUAAAAUAUGUAAAAAGGGGUUUAGCGCUGGGAGCAAUUUAAAAACUCAUGAGAGAUCUCAUACAGGAUUAAAACCAGUUCAUUGUGAGAUAUGUGGUAAAGGGUUUACUCGUAAAAAAGUCUUGGAAAAUCACAUGAAAAAGCAUAUAGAUAGAAAAGUGUUUGCCUGUGAUUUAUGUAAGAAGGAAUAUCCUACCAUCAGUAGUAUAAAGAAACACAUGAGAACACACACUGGUGUUAAACCAUAUGAAUGUGAAGUGUGUAAAAAGGGAGUCCAGGACAAAAGUGCUUUAAGUCUACAUAUGAGAACUCAUACUGGAGAGAAGCCUUAUAAAUGUGAAGAAUGUGGCAGAGGUUUUAGCAGUAGUUGUAAUCUACAUGUUCAUAUGAGAACACACACUGGCGAAAAGCCUCAUAAAUGUGAAGAAUGUGGUAGAGGUUUUAGCAGUAGUUGUAAUCUACAUUCUCAUAUGAGAACCCACACUGGCGAGAAGCCUCAUAAAUGUGAAGAAUGUGGCAGAAGUUUUAGCAGUAGUUGUAAUCUACAUGCUCAUAUGAGAACUCAUACUGGCGAGCAUCCUCAUAAAUGUGAAGAAUGUGGCAGAAGUUUUAGCACUAGUUGUAAUCUACAUGUUCAUAUGAGAAUCCACACUGGUGAGAAACCUUAUGAAUGUGAUAUAUGCAACAAAUGGUUCCGUUACAAUGGCGUCUUAAAGAUUCACAGAAGAACACAUACUGGUGGAAAACCUUUUAAAUGCAGUUUUUGUGGUGAAGGUUAUAGUAGGACAGACCUUUUACAUGUACACAUGAGAAGUCACACUGUCGAUCAACCUUAACUUUCUUAACUUGCUUAAGAAUGUGAAGAGGCUUUUGUGACAAAAGUAAUUAUAGAACACAUGUGAGAACACAUACAAGUGAUCAUGUUUAAAAAAUGUGAUACAUGUGGAAAAGGCUUUUGUUAUAAUAUCAUGUUACAAUUACACAUGAGAACACAUACACUGGUGAAAAACCAUAAAAAUGUAAUGCAUGUAAAGUCAGAAUGGUAAUUUACAGAAACAUAUGCACUCACAUUACAUUGACAAUUUACCUUCAAAACAAAUGUACAUGGUUGGGGUUUGUGUAAAGCUUCUACAAAAUGACAUUUAACAAGAACAACUUGACAUCUGUAAAGUGUAUUGUGCAAUAGCCAUAAAACUUUGAUUAAACACAAUUUUAGGUCAAUGUCAGAAAAAUAUCAACUUUUUGUAUGAGGCAUAGAAACUUGGGAAGUGUUAGUUUACAUAGCUGUUCAACAGUUUCCAACUGAAUAAAAAAAGUUGAUGAUGUUUUUCAUUGACAUUGAUCCAAUAUUGUUUUAUUGUCUGCAGCUUAAAAUGGCUACAAUUCUAGGAAUGGAAAUGUUUUUAACAAAAAUAACACUUAUUUUCUAUCCCUAAACGAGUUCCAAAUUGUGAGAAAAAAAAUGACGUGACAUGAAAUUGACAUUGCACAAAAUAUAUCUUUGUUACUAUAUUUGUAAGAUAAGUACAAUGGGAAGUGUUCUAGCCAUGCUAGCUGCAGUAUAAAUAAAUGUAUAUGAUACGCAUAUCUGUCGGAACUAUUUAAGACCAAGGAGAUGUGGUAUGGUUGCAUAUGAGACAACUGUCAACUGACAACUUAUAGAUAAAAAAAUUGAACAACCAAUGGGUACUGCACUGGCCUUUAAACUGAACAAACGCUACACUUUACAGUAAUGAUAUGUGAAUGACAUGUUUCUGAAAUAACCUUGAGAACUGUAAUCAUGGUAAUGUGAUAUAUUUAAAAAAGGCUUGUUUCUGGAGAAUAGUCAGUAAUCAAUUUUUUUUUCAUUAUUUUGGAUAAUCGGUCUGAUAUCAAGUGUAUUUUCAGAUGUUGUACAGUUUAUAAUUUAUUUUAUUGUUUGCAACAGGUGAAUUGUAUUGUAAUAUAUGUCAUGUAAAUGAAACUGAACUAAAUAUUAAUGUAUAGGAUGGUAGCUAGUCAUUUCGUACCAUACCCAUUUCGUACCAUUGCCAUUUCGUACCCAAAAUUACCAUUUCGUACCAUGCAUUUGACAUUUCGUACCAUGACCGUAAACCAUUUCGUACCAUAUGGAUAAAAAUAUCUACCAUUUCGUACUAUAUAGAAAAAAUGCUUUGCCAUUUGUACCAUUUGGAAAAAAAUGCUAUAUCAUUUCGUACCAUAUGAAAAUUGAACUUUACCAUAUCAUGCUUAGUAUAUGAAAAAUAUUCAGUUUCAAAUAUUCGAAAUUACAAAGGAAUAUUAGUAUGAAAUUGAAUUUAUGACGAUUUAGAAUACAUGGGGUGAGACUCUUAUAAAAUAUUUAAUAUGAAAAACGCAAACUAUUAUUUUCUGUGUAUAAAAAAGCAAAAGAGGCAGGUAUAAGAGUGUCGCUUAUUAAAGAUAAACUUUUUAAUGAUGGUGAACAGACUGUGGUUAAAUCAAACAAACUAGUCAAAAUUGCACGUCGUGAUCAGUCAGUUGAUAGAAUGUCUGAUAAAUCGUCGGGUUCAGGGUAUUCAGGGGCCGAAAAAAAAACCCGAAAUGGUAUACAUUAUAAUCUUCCAUAUGGUACAAAAUUGUAUACAUUUUAAUUUUCCAUAUGGUCCGAAAUUGUAUACAUUAUAAUCUUCCAUCAAAUAUGGUACGAAAUGGUAUAAAAUAUAGUCUUCCAUAUGGUACGAAAUGGUCAUUGUACGAAAUGGUUAUGGUACGAAAUGACUAUGAUUCUUUCGGAUAUCUGCUGGCAAAAUUCAAAAUGAUUACAUUCUUUUUUAAUUGAUAAUUGACAAAUAGUCAUAGAAUUUGUUUUGUGGGAAUUCAUCAUAUGAAACAUGUACGGGAAUAAACAUUGAACAAAU